AGUGGGCGGGUCCGGACGAGAUGAAUACUCCCGGGGCGGGUCUCUCAGGUGAGACUUGGAAAGCAAACAUGGCCGCCGGGAGGAGCGGGCAAGCGCUAUGUGGAUUCAGCCUGGAGAAGGGACCCCGGCAGUUGAUGAGAACUGGUAUUGCCCUGAUCUUUGUGGGCCAUAUCAACUUUAUCUUGGGAGCCAUUGUUCAUGGAACGGUCUUAAGGCAUGUGGCCAAUCCAGAGAAGCGGGUGAGCCCGGAAUAUUGCACCGCCAAUAUCAUCUCUGUCGUGUCAGGACUGUUGAGCAUCACUACAGGGAUAUGUGCAAUCCUAGCCUCCAGGAACCUUGCAAACGCCAAACUUCACUGGGCCCUCCUGGCCCUCUCCUUGCUGAAUGCUCUGAUAUCGGCAGCCUGUUUUGUGGGUCUUGUCCUGUCCAUCUCGCUUACAAUUGCCAAUGGAGGCAAGAACCUCAUAGUUGGAUGUAAUGCUACGGUCCUUCCUGCAGACACCCGCUCUGUCAUCAUGAGCAAUGAGUGCCCCUUUGACACUACGCGGAUCUAUGACACGACCCUGGCUCUCUGGUUCCCCUCCAUGUUUCUGUCUGCAGUGGAGGCAGCACUGUCUGUCCGCUUCUGCAUUGUGGCAUUCAUAUUGAGGGGCAUUGGCCCAUGCGGGGAGACUUACCUCAGAGAAAAGCUGCAGGAAGAAGAGGCUGAGAGGGAGAAGAUGGAUGAUGUUGGAAGACCAGAGACCCACCAGCUGAUUGCAGCACGGGCCUAAGAAUUGCACUAAUGUUUGAAUAAUAGGGCUGCGGGGACACAUGUCUAUGAGAAGUAUCGCCAGGUCUAAAGAGCCAGGAUAUGAAAAUCCGAAUGGUCAUAAUGCUUUUCUACCGUGCCCUUCCAACCGAGACACUACCAUUACCUGUGACAGCAGGAGCUGCUCUUUGUUUCAGUUUUGUGAAGAUUUUUCGUGUGUGUGUGUGUGUGUGUGUGUGUGUGUGUGUGUGUGUUUUUUUUUCUCUUUUAUAAAUAAAAUACAGCCAUUUUCCUGUUUGUUCUAGUUAUAUUAAAUUUUUGGAAACAAAUCACAAUUAAAGCCAUUUACAAGA